GUUCAGUACCCGGGUUGGAGAACUAGGGAAAGCGGCUGCGAGCUGUUUCCGCCUGGAGCCCCAGGCGCUGGUCCGCUGCGGUUGGUGAGGGCGACCCACCGGUAGGAGGGCGACUGGCAGCGGGAGCUUGUCCUGCCCAGUAGGAAGACGAUUAGACGGGAGAGGCAUCGACACAUGCUGGAGGCUGUAGCCUGCGCCCCAGCGGCUCGCCUCGUUGUGAUUGGUGGUGACAUCAGACACUGCAGCUCGGUCAGAGUGGUAGAAAUGUCCUGGGGUAGACUCCAGACUCUAGAGCGUAAUCUCCUGCUCGUGCAAUCUUCAGCAUGGCAGGGCCCCCACAACCACCAUGGUUCUCCGGUCGGCACCCCCAUGUUAUGUGGGACCCGUAGACCGCCUGGGACUACGGGCUUUUCUGGUUUUGCCUGCCCAGCUGCUUCAAGCCAGACUGGAGGAAGAGGAGGAGGAAUCAUGUGUGGUACACCUAGAGCCUGCAUAUGGCGUGACUCUGCAGCUCGUCUCAUGCAAUUGGUGGUGACUGGAGACUGCGGCUCGACUGGAGUGGUAGGAAGACCAGUACCAUGCUGUUUUGCUGACUAUGGCCUUGUGGUAGAUUGAAGCCAGGAGCCACUGGGUGCUGCGGCAGCUUCAGGAUAACUUGAGGGCGCAUCCUAGGAAAGAAACACCUCCUGUCCGUGUCGCCGACUGCUGAGGAUAGCAGUUCGGUGUGGCUUCUCCGUGGCCCAGCUUCUUUAGGGUGUUUUUCUUUCAUGGUUCAUCCAUAUGGCUCCAAGUGAAAAUUAUGUUGUUGUGGAUGAAGAGUAUUGCGUUGUGCAGAUAUACUGCAGUUUCUUCAUCCCUUCAUCUGUGGAUGGAAAGGUUCCACCAUGUUGGUGCGGAUGACCUGAUUGCGGUACCCGUGUCUGGGUGAAGAGGAUCUGGUGUGACUAGAUGCUGCAGUUUCUGAAUCCCAUUCUCUGUGGGUGGACAGAAGACAAGUUUUCAUACCUCCAUGAUGUUGGAAGACAGAUGCCUCCUUUGUGGGAUUGGAGCUCACUUCUUCUAAUAGGACCCAUAGAAGAUGCCGAUUUAAAUAAACUGCUGCCUUCCUGAGAUACAGGGCAAGAAAUGAUGAAAGCUAUUCAACUCCUCGAGACCCAGAGACCAGUGAAAGAGGUGCAGAAGCCCCGGUUUAUCUUGGAACCUCAAGAGAAGAGGAAAUUCACUGAAAUCAUAGGUUUCUCCAUCUUGCUGGUAGUGAACUGAUGUCCGGAAUUUUGGUGGCUGAAGAGUAUACUUGUGCAUAAAUCCUUCAACUCCUGCAUUUUUUCAGCUGUGGAAAGACAAGUGGGUUGAUUCCUACACCUUGGUUAUUGUCCAGAGUACUUCAUGAAACACGGGAAGGGAGAUCCCUCCUUAAGAGCUAGGGUGUUCUCAGGAGCCGCCGGGUGCCACAGCAGCUUUGGGAUAACUUGAGGCCGCAUCCUGUGGAAGAAACACCUCCUGUCCUGGCGCUGACGGCUGAGGACAGAGCUUUGGUGUGGCUUCUCCGCGGCCGGCUUCUUUGGGGAGUUUGGCUUCUUCGGGCAGUUCUUCCUUCGUGGUUCAUCCAUGUGGCUCCAAAUGAAAAUCACAUUAUUUUGUUACGAAUGAAGAGUAUUGUGUUGUGCAGAUACACUGCAGUGUCUUUAUCUCUUCAUGUGUGGUUGGAUAGGUUCCACCAUGUUGCCGCAGAUGACGUGAUUUCAGUACCUGUUCUGGCUGAAAAGUAUUUGUUUGUGAAUGGAUAUUGUGGUUUCUGGAUCCCAUCCUCUGCAGGUGAACAGGCAGGCCUUACAGUCUGAAGCAGAUUCAGGGGUGUGCAGUGUUCUGGUUUUCCACUACGUUGGUUACUGAUGAAGUAAAGGAAAUUCACCAGCAUAUUCAUCUGUUGUUUCUCCAUCUUGCUGGAAGUGACCUGAUGUCCAGAAAUUGGAUGGCUGAGGAAUAUACCAUUGUGCACGCAUCCUUCAUUUACUGCAUUUCUUCCUCUGUGGAUGGACAGGAGGAAGAUGGGCAAAUGGGGCUGCCACUGCCUCCCCUGCUGCAGGGGGAGCAGGAAGAGCAACGUGGGUGCUUCUGGAGACCAGGACGACUCCGCUGUGAAGACAUUCAGGAGCAAGAUGGGCAAGUGGUGCUGCCAUUGCCUCCCCUGCCGCAGGGGGAGUGGCAAGAGCAACCUGCGCCCUUCUGGAGACCAGGACGACUCUGCUAUGAAGACACUCAGGAGCAGCAAGAGCGAUGUGGGCGCUUGGGAAGAAUACGACGACAGCGCCUUCAUGGAGCCGAGGUACCAUGUCUGUCGAGAAGAUCUGGACAAGCUCCACAGAGCUGCCUGGUGGGGUAAAGUCCCCAGAAAGGAUCUCAUCGUCAUGCUCAGGGACACUGACGUGAACAAGACGGACAAGCAAAAGAGGACUGCUCUACAUCUGGCCUCUGCCAAUGGGAAUUCAGAAAUAGUAAAACUCCUGCUGGACAGACAAUGUCAACUUAAUGUCCUUGACAACAAAAACAGGACAGCUCUGACAAAGGCUGUACAAUGCCAAGAAGAUGAAUGUGCGUUAAUGUUACUAGAACAUGGCACUGAUCCAAAUAUUCCAGAUGAGUAUGGAAAUACCUCUCUACACUAUGCUAUCUACAAUGAAGAUAAAUUAAUGGCCAAAGCGCUGCUUUUACAUGGUGCUGCUAUUGAAUCAAAAAACAAGCAUGGCCUCACACCACUGUUACUUGGCGUACAUGAACAAAAACAGCAAGUGGUGAAAUUUUUAAUCAAGAAAAAAGCUAAUUUAAAUGCACUUGAUGGAUAUGGAAGAACUGCUCUCAUACUUGCUGUAUGUUGUGGAUCAGCAAGUCUAGUCAGCCUUCUACUUGAGCAAAAUAUUGAUGUAUCUUCUCAAGAUCUAUCUGGACAGACGGCCAGAGAGUACGCUGUUUCUAGUCAUCAUAAUGUGUAAGUGUUUACAUUAAAAGGCAAGUUAAUGCUAAAUUGAGGUUUAAAAUAAUUGUAACAAUUGCAUCUUACGUAUCAGGUGAGAUGUCAUAGUUCGGUUCAGGUAGUUUUAGAAUGGCAGUGAGUUAGUCCCCGGCAUCAGCCAGAAAUCAGAAAAAAAGCAAGACAAGUUAGAAGUACCAGUGGGUGGAGGAUUCUUUGUCGCAGGACAUUUAAGACCUUUAUCCUUAGAGAUCCCAACAUUGUUCGUUUCAUGCAAGUAUAACACCUAUGCAUGGGAUAAAAAAUGGUGUCACAUCUUUGAUUUUUCUGAUUAGUUAUUUGGGUCUUGAAAUGUCCAGUUUAGCAGAAAGUCUUGUACUGUCUUCUGGGGACUGUCUGCUACGUACUCCAUGAAUUUUUCAAGAACCGAAGGGGUUCACUAAAUCCAAGGAAGACAGUCCCUUUUAUCAAGUCAGAAGGAGGAGGAAAAAAAGGACAUUCCAGUCAUUCUGUU